AUGAGCGACCCAAGGCAGUCCCAAGAAGAGAAGCACAAGCUUGGCAGGGCCUCUUCCAAGUUCAAGGAUCCUCCCAGAAUCAUGCAGUCGGAUGAUUAUUUUGCUCGAAAAUUUAAAGCCAUUAAUGGCAACAUGGGCCCCGCCGCCUCUUUAAAUGCCUCGAAUUCCACUGAGAGCAGUGGUCCGGCUAAUGGCACCCCAGCCGUGCCCAAGAUGGGUGUGAGAGCAAGAGUGUGUGAGUGGCCUCCCAAGAAAGACUGCUCCAAGGAGCUGACCUGCAAGGCGCUGUGGGAGAGCCGGUCUCAGACCAGUUACGAAAGCGUCACGUCCAUCACGCACAACGGGCAAAGCGACCAGAGCGACGGUCAGCAAGAAGAGAAGCUCGAUCUAGACUUUGUGGAGGCGAAGUACACCAUUGGGGACAUCUUUGUUCACUCUCCUCAAAGAGGGCUGCACCCCAUAAGGCAGAGAAGCAACAGCGAUGUCACCAUCAGUGACAUCGAUGCUGAAGACGUCUUAGACCAAAAUGCAGUGAACCCCAACACCGGGGCGGCCCUCCACCGAGAGUACGGGAGCACGUCUUCCAUUGACCGGCAGGGCUUAUCUGGCGAGAACUUCUUUGCUAUGCUCAGAGGGUACCGAGUAGAGAACUACGACCACAAAGCGAUGGCCCCUUUUGGGUUCCCUGAGUGUUUCCCCUGCGAUCCUGCAAUCUCUCCUAGCCUCCACGCGGCAGCACAGAUAUCCAGGGGAGAAUUUGUCCGCAUCUCAGGAUUAGACUACAUGGACAGUGCCCUCCUCAUGGGGAGAGACAGGGACAAACCUUUCAAACGGAGGUUAAAGUCGGAGUCGGUGGAGACGUCCCUCUUCCGGAAGCUGCGAACUGUUAAAAGUGAACAUGAAACGUUCAAGUUCACGUGUGACCCGGAAGAUGGUCGCCUGGAGCGGGGCGUCCGCCCUUGGAAUUGUCAGCGGUGUUUUGCACAUUAUGACGUCCAGAGCAUUUUGUUUAAUAUCAACGAAGCCAUGGCUACGAGGGCCAACGUGGGGAAGCGGAAAAACAUCACCACCGGGGCCUCUGCGGCAUCCCAGACUCAGAUGCCGGCGGGCCAGACCGGCAACUGCGAGUCCCCUCUGGGGAGCAAGGAGGACCUCAACUCCAAGGAGAACCUGGAUGCUGACGAGGGAGACGGGAAAAGCAACGAGCUCGUCCUGAGUUGUCCUUACUUUCGGAACGAGACUGGCGGGGAAGGCGACAGGAGGAUUGCCCUUUCCAGGGCCAGCUCGUCUUCGUUCAGCUCCGGGGAAGGCUGCUCCUUCGAGUCCUCUCUGAGCUCCCACUGCACGAACGCCGGUGUGUCGGUCCUGGAAGUGCCGAGGGAGAACCAGCCCAUCCACCGGGAGAAAGUGAAGCGCUACAUCAUAGAGCACAUUGACCUCGGGGCCUAUUAUUACCGCAAGUUCUUCUACGGGAAAGAGCACCAGAACUACUUUGGGAUAGAUGAAAACCUUGGCCCUGUGGCAGUCAGCAUCCGGAGAGAGAAGGUGGAAGACGCCAAGGAGAAAGAAGGGUCCCAGUUCAACUACCGGGUGGCCUUCAGGACGAGCGAGCUUACAACCCUGCGCGGCGCGAUUUUGGAAGACGCCAUACCCUCCACUGCCAGGCACGGGACCGCGCGGGGACUACCUCUCAAAGAAGUUCUAGAGUACGUCAUUCCAGAGCUGAGCAUUCAGUGCCUGAGACAGGCUUCGAAUUCGCCCAAGGUCGCGGAGCAGCUGCUCAAGCUGGAUGAACAAGGGCUGAGCUUUCAGCACAAGAUUGGGAUCCUUUACUGCAAAGCAGGCCAGAGCACAGAGGAGGAGAUGUAUAACAAUGAGACGGCGGGACCAGCUUUUGAAGAAUUCCUUGAUCUUCUGGGCCAGAGAGUCCGGCUGAAAGGAUUUAGCAAAUACCGAGCUCAGCUAGACAAUAAAACUGAUUCUACAGGAACUCACUCCCUCUACACGACGUACAAAGACUAUGAAGUCAUGUUCCACGUGUCCACCAUGCUUCCCCACAUGCCCAACAACAGACAGCAGCUUCUGAGGAAAAGGCAUAUCGGAAAUGACAUUGUGACCAUUGUCUUCCAAGAACCCGGAGCACUUCCUUUUACUCCACGAAGCAUCCGGUCUCACUUUCAGCACGUCUUUGUCAUAGUCAAAGUGCACAAUCCGUGUACCGAAAACGUGUGUUACAGUGUUGGGGUGUCUAGAUCAAAAGACGUACCACCAUUUGGCCCACCAAUUCCCAAAGGAGUAACUUUCCCAAAGUCAGCAGUAUUCCGGGACUUCCUUUUAGCCAAAGUAAUCAACGCAGAAAAUGCAGCCCAUAAGUCGGAAAAGUUUCGAGCUAUGGCCACUCGAACAAGGCAAGAGUACUUGAAGGAUCUGGCGGAGAACUUUGUCACGACCGCCACUGUGGACACCUCUGUGAAAUUCAGCUUCAUUACACUGGGUGCAAAGAAAAAGGAGAAAGUGAAGCCAAGGAAGGAUGCCCACCUGUUCAGCGUCGGAGCAAUCAUGUGGCACGUAAUAGCUCGGGACUUUGGCCAGUCUGCUGACAUUGAAUGCCUUCUUGGGAUUUCCAACGAAUUCAUAAUGUUGAUUGAAAAGGAUUCCAAGAACGUUGUAUUUAACUGUUCCUGCAGGGAUGUCAUUGGGUGGACCUCUGGAUUAAUGAGUAUCAAAGUAUUUUACGAAAGAGGGGAAUGUAUCCUUCUGUCCUCAGUGGAUAACUGUGCUGAAGACGUGAGGGAAAUCGUCCAGCGAUUAGGAAUAGUGACAAGAGGCUGCGAGACUGUGGAAAUGACCCUGAGGAGGAACGGGCUGGGCCAGCUUGGCUUCCACGUGAAUUUCGAAGGAAUCGUUGCCGACGUGGAACCUUUCGGCUUUGCCUGGAAGGCUGGCCUUCGCCAGGGGAGCCGCCUCGUGGAGAUCUGCAAGGUGGCCGUGGCCACUCUGACCCACGAGCAGAUGAUCGACCUACUCCGGACUUCUGUGACCGUGAAGGUGGUCAUCAUCCAGCCCCACGAUGACGGCUCACCCCGGAGAGGGUGUUCGGAGCUCUGCCGGAUCCCCAUGGUGGAGUACAAACUGGACAGUGAAGGCACCCCCUGCGAGUACAAAACGCCCUUCCGGAGGAACACCACGUGGCACCGCGUGCCCACGCCCGCCCUGCAGCCGCUGUCCAGGGCGUCCCCGGUGCCCGGCACGCCCGACCGCCUGCAGUGCCAGCAGCUGCUACAGCAGGCCCAGGCUGCCAUUCCCCGGAGCACCUCCUUCGACCGGAAGCUGCCGGACGGCACGAGAAGUUCGCCCAGCAACCAGUCCUCCUCCAGCGACCCCGGGCCUGGUGGCAGCGGACCCUGGAGACCGCAGGCGGCAUAUGACGGGUGCCAGUCUCCCCUGCUGCUCGAGCACCAGGGCGCGGGCCCUUUGGAGUGUGAAGGAGCCAGGGAGCGGGAGGAGGUGCUGGAAGGAAGCAGGCAUCUGGAAACCAAAUGGCAUGGCCCACCCUCCAAAGUCCUGAGCUCCUAUAAGGAAAGAGCCCUGCAGAAAGAUUCAAGUUGCAAAGACUCCCCCAACAAGCUUUCCCACAGACUGCAAGGAGAGCCCCUUCUCAUUAGCACCGGGGGCAUACGCGGUUCACACCAUUCAGGAAGCCCUUCUGCUCACUGUUCCAAAAAUAGCGGGUCUCUGGAUACGUCCAAAGUCUACAUCGUGUCCCACAGCAGCGCCCAACAGGUCCCCGGGUCCGCGUCCAAGCCCUACCACAGGCAAGGGGCAGUGAGCAAGUAUGUCAUCGGCUGGAAGAAAUCGGAGGGCAGCCCGCCCCCCGAGGAACCCGAAGUGACCGAGUGUCAGGGGCUGUAUGGUGAGAUGGAGAUCUUGUCCACGGCAACCCAGCACCAGACCGUGGUGGGGGAUGCUGUUGCAGAAACUCAACAUGUUCUGUCCAAAGAAGAUUUUCUGAAACUGAUGCUUCCUGACAGUCCGUUAGUGGAGGAGGGGAGAAGAAAGUUUUCGUUCUAUGGGAACCUGUCUCCAAGACGCUCGCUCUACCGCACCCUCUCUGAUGAGAGCAUCUGCAGCAAUCGGAGGGGGUCUUCCUUUGGCAGUUCGCGAAGUUCAAUACUUGACCAAGCCCUGCCCAACGACAUUCUGUUCAGCACCACCCCACCCUACCACAGCACGCUGCCCCCCCGCACCCACCCCGCGCCCAGCUUGGGGAGCCUGAGAAAUGAGUUCUGGUUCUCCGAUGGGUCCUUAUCGGAUAAGUCCAAGUGCGCAGAUCCUGGCCUGAUGCCCCUCCCGGACACGGCCACGGGUUUAGAUUGGUCCCACCUCGUGGACGCUGCACGGGCAUUUGAAGGUCUUGACUCAGACGAAGAACUUGGGCUGCUCUGUCACCACACGUCCUAUCUAGACCAGAGAGUGGCAUCCUUCUGCACCCUGACAGAUAUGCAACACGGGCAGGACCUGGAAGGUGCACAGGAACCGGCUUUAUGUGUAGACCCAGGCAGCAGCAAAGAUUUCAUGGAUGCAACUGGGGAGCGGUCUCCAUCAACACUGACCGGUAAAGUCAAUCAGCUGGAAUUGAUUCUUCGACAACUGCAGACUGACCUUCGGAAGGAGGCAGUGGCAGCAGAUCCCUAUGGGCCGGGCAACUCCCUCGAUGCACCACCCAGGGAGAGGCGUGGCAGCAGUAACAACCAAGUGCAGCGGGAGAGAGGGGAGAGCAUGGCCAGGAGUGGGUGGCUGUGGAAGGUAGGCGGGAUCACGUUCCUCAAGCGGGGGCGCCAGGCAGCGGAGGGUGAGGGGAAGCUGAGGCACACCUCACUGGCCCUGGGGAAGGUGGAUCUGAUCCUGAGCCCCAUGCCUGAGCCUGUGGCCCUGCCCACCACCAAGGAGCCAGACCACGGGGAGGCUCACAGAACCCCGGCCAGAGCAUCUUCUCCCUAG